ACCGAGAUUGUGUCUAUGAUGUUUGUGUGACAGAGGGAAUCCAGAUGCUUUGUCACAGCAUUAAUGCCUAUGUCAUUGAUUGCCAAGAUGUGGGAGUUAAGGUCUUGAACUGGAGGACACCCAACCUAUGUCCCCUGACCUGCCCAACAAACAGCCAUUACAGCAUCUGUGCUUCACCCUGUAAGACCCCAUGUCCUGGGCUUACCAGCGUUACCUGUGCUGAUGUCUGCGCUGAGGGAUGUGCCUGCAACACCGGCUACUACUUUGAUGGAACAGGUUGUGUACCACAGGACGAGUGUAGUUGCUACAUCAACGGAAAGACCCUCAAGAUUGGAGAGACAGUGGUGGCCGAUGACUGUACUGUCAAAUAUAUUUGUCCUAAAUCUGGACAUGGCCAUACUGAAUCCAUGUCUUGUGCCAUUGAUGAGACCUGUGAGGUUAAGAAUGGCAUUCGUGGAUGCCAUGCCAAGCAGUGCAUUAUGGGAAAUAAUGGGGUUUUCACCACCUUUAAUGGCAGAGUAGCAGAUGUGGGAAGAAAAGACAGUGGAAUGUAUGAUCUGGUGACAACCUGUGACAGCACCACAACAGAGGGGUGGUUCCGGAUCUUGAUGGACCUGCAAUCCUGUGGGCAGACUGGUCCAGUGAUUGCUGUUGGCAUCGCUGCCUUCUUCGAUGGUGCAUUUAUCACGGUCAACAGCCAGUUUGAGACCUGGGUUAAUGGAUUGAGGGCAACUCUGCCCAUCAAGCUGGAGAACGGGGUUUCCAUUCAAGUAACAAACGACCUGCUGGUGAUCGAGAAGAAGUCUGCUGUUGUUGUGUCUUACAGUCGGUCACAGGAGAUCACAGUGACCGUCAGUGACAGUGUGGCAGAGCAACUGUGUGGAGCAUGUGGAAGGCCAGCUGAGAGCCUUUCAGUCUCCGUACAGAGCAACGUUUUUGAAUGGUCACCAGUACAUUUUACAACGUGUCCACAGUGAAGAAUCACAGAACCAAGGAUUCAUCAUGAGGAUGCCAAAAAAGCUCACAUCUCCAACUGAGUUAAAAAAUUAACCAGUGAUGAUGAACAUGCCCUAAUGAGAUAAUAAAAUGGUGCAAAAAUCAUAACUGCCAUAUCUGUUAUCACCAGUUACAACUUUUACUGAUCCUGUAUUCCAUCUACAGUAUGUAUGAUGAAAUAUGUUUUCAAUAAAGCAGUGCAUCAACCAGAA